CGAUUUUUUUUUCUUCAUCGGGGCAAUUUAGACAUUUGUAAUUGGCCUCAUCAGAAGCCGCAACCGAGUCCCAGCGACUUUCUUAAAUCGUGUAUGGAAUGAUUAUUUCUGUUCAAAAAUUCAAUCUUGUGGGCAUUUUCAUCCUGAAUACUUUGAAUCCAAAAAUCCAAUCUUGUGGGCAGUAUAGACAGUAACUUACCGCAAUUAUUUUUUGAAUUUGCCAUCAGAUAUCAAAUUAUUUGAUGAUCCAUAAUAUUUUAUGCUUGCUUGCUUCAUUCGUUAAUUCGAAGAAUUCUUAGUUCGAGGGUCUCUCCUGAUUGCACACCAGCUGUUUGAUUAAAUGUCAAUAGCAUUAGCUCCACUCAUUUCCACUCCAACCCAUAUUGAUGCACCACCUGUUUUGCUUGAAUCCCGUUUUCUCCGUCCUCUGCCCAAACACAUAUUUAGUAUCAGUACUAAUACAAGAAAACUUGGGGCAUUUGCUGUAAUUACGUGCUCUUCUUCAUCUCCUCACAAAAUUGUCCGUGAUCGGAGAUUAGAUAAGCAUGUUGUGAAACAAAACAAGAUACGCUUUGUACAGAAGCUCAAAACUCUCCUUCUUUCCAAGCCACAACACUUCAUGCACAUUCAAGUUCUCUACAAAUGCCGCUCUUACUUAUCCUUACACAAACCCCGCUCUAUCUUACUAAUGAUCCGUCGUUACCCCACUAUUUUCGAGCUCUUCACUAUUCCAACCCCUCCGACACCCUUCCACGCCACUGGAUCGCUCACUCAACUCUGUGUCCGUCUCACACCUGCUGCUGCAGCCCUCGCCAAAAAGGAAAUCGAUCUCAAGAAAUGUAUGUCCAUUUCACUGGCUGCAAAACUCCAAAAGCUCUUGAUGCUUGCCUCCCCGUAUCACAGGCUUUUGUUGUCCAAGCUCGUGCAUUUGGGUCCUGAUCUUGGCCUUCCUGUUAACUUCCGCUCCCUCCUUUGCAAUGAUCAUCCGGAUAAAUUUAAAGUUGUCGACACUUCUUACGGACGUGCUCUUCAGCUCGUCACGUGGGAUUCGGAUUUGGCUAAGGCCUUACCAUUACGCGAUGUAGAUAAAUCUCAUGGACUGAUAGUGGACAGGCCCCCGAAGUUCAAACACCUAAGACUGCGUAAGGGUUUAAAUAUAAAAAGGCACCAUCAUGAAUAUCUCAUAAAGUUCAGGGAAGUCCCAGAUGUGUGCCCAUACAAUACGAAUGUGGAUGAUUUGGUGAAAGUGUCGAUUGAGGCUGAGAAGAGAGCUUGUGGUGUGGUGAGGGAGGUUUUGGGGAUGACGGUGGAGAAGAGAACUUUGGUGGACCAUUUGACGCAUUUUAGGAAGGAGUUUGGGUUGCCGAAUAAGCUGAGAGGAAUGUUGGUGAGGCACCCUGAGAUGUUCUAUGUGAGCUUGAAAGGGGAAAGGGACUCUGUGUUUCUGGUGGAGGGAUACAACGACAAGGGUGGACUUGUGGACAAGGAUGCAAUAUCUUUGGUAAAAGAUGAGCUGAUGGAACUAGUUAGAGAAGGGAAGAGGUUGCGAAGAGAGAGGAUCAAAGAAUAUGUCAACGGUGAUGUCAACCAAAAUUUUGAGCAUCAAUUAGUUGACGAGUAUUGUGAUGAAUGCGAAGAUGGAUUAGAUGAUUUAUUCCAGGUGGACGAUGCUAGUUCUAAAGAUGAUGUUGAUGUUGAUGACGAUGAAAGCGAAGAUGAAGAGGAGUUUUGGACGGCUGAUUCAACUCUGAACGACCUUGCUGAUUCAGGGCCCUGGUAGAUGAACAGAGACUUGCUGACCGGGGUAAGUUUUUACUACUGUUAUGGUCUUAAUAGUGAAGUGUAAUGUAUGAAAUUCUUGCUGUAUAGUAAUUGGGAAUAUAUGAAACUAGAGGAUGCAGAAAUGAAGUUAAUUUAAGGGUGCGUUUGGGAUUUGAAAU